AUGUGUUCAGACCUACUCGAAAUAAAGCAAGAGAUUAAGAAUUGGGAGUACUCUUUUCGAAAUGAAAAUAAGAGACUACCGACAAAGGUGGAUAUUGAUCAAAAUUCUGAGAUCAAAAAGUUAUAUUCCUUAUACAAGUUGGUGAAACUGGGAAAACAAAAGGAAAAGAAUAAACCUACUCGAGCGGCGCAAUCUAAAGCAGCCACAAAAGACAAGGAUGAAGUGCUAUUAAUUGAAAUACCACCAACUCCGAAAGGUGAGCUCGGUCCAACUCCACAGGCAAACGGCCGGGUUCUUUCAAUCUUUGACUUUAAGCUCACACCACCUGAGUCGUCACCUUUGAAAUGUAAAUCCAAAUCCAGAACCACCAAUACUGAUACGUCAAUUGAAGAUUAUCUUGCUGCAGAAAAUGGCCAUGCACCGAUAUCUCCCAAUCCAAAUCGGGGAUUAUCUUUUUCAACUCCGUCUAAGGUAAUAGACCAUGGCUCGCCAAUAGCUCGAGCGACUCGUAACUCGAAUUUUGUAGUAAUGGAGACACCAAGGUAUAUGAAACCCAAUUUUCAAACACCCACUUUUACAAAAAGUGUGAGCUUACCCGAAUUUCUGGUUUCGCCCUCUCCGCUAAAGCCUCAUAGAAUGAUGAGGAAAUUGACUGAAGUUUACAAGACCUCGUUAAAGGAAGCACAAGAUUUGAAAUUGAGUAAUGAAAUAGAUUUAGACUUGAAAUUGAGUAAUGAAAUAGAUUUAGACUUGAAAUUGGGUAAUGAAAUAGAUCCAAACUUGAAAUUGGGUAAUGAAAUAGAUCCAGGCUUGAAAAUGGGAGAGGCAAACGAAAAGAGCGAGGAAGAUGAGAAGAAGAAAGCUGGACAGGAAACAACCAGAGAUGUACCACCACUUAAUGACAAACAAAAGAAACAAAAGACACAAAAGAGGCAAACUAGAAGGGCAAAAAUGGCACCGAGACCAAGUGAAAUGGACCAAGCUUGUUUGGACAAUAUCAAUAUUCAUGAUACAAUCAUGAACUUGGAGAGAAAGGAGAAAAUCGACUUGACAGCAUAUAUCAAUUCUGACAACGAGAAUGCAGAGGAGAAGGACGAGGUGAAGGAGGGUGAAGAUGACACUUUUAACGCCGCGCAAGGAAGCCCCAUUAAGAGGACUAGAAAGCCAAUAACUCAAAAUUACAAGCGAUUAAAAAUCAACGACCCAAGAUCACGACGUUUCAAGCAACGAAUGAGAAGAUAA